AUGACAGAGUUUGCCUCUUGGGUUCAGCAGGCAGAGUUCAAUAACUACUGCACAUGUGAUGGCUCAGCAGGUGGGGCUGAGUGCAGGUAUAUCCUGGCAUUUGUGGGCGGGUUCUUCGUGGCAGUGCCAGUCAUCACCAUCACUGUUCUGGAAGCCUAUGUAGCACGAGUGGAGGGAGCGUCAAUGCAUCCCUCUAUGUGUCCUGAGGGGAAUGUGACAGGGUCUGACAUGAUGCUGCUGAACCGCUGGAGUGUGAGGAACUACCAAGUGCGAGGAGAUGACAUUGUGUCAGUCCUCGUGCCCAAAAACCCCCAGCAGAAGAUCAUCAAGAGGGUCAUAGCCUGGGAGGGAGACUUCAUUACGACGCUUGGCUAUAAGAACCGCUAUCUGAGAGUCCCUGAUGGCCACUUUUGGAUCCAGGGGGACCAUCAAGGCCACAGUCUGGACAGCAACAGCUUUGGACCGGUGUCUCUGGGGUUAGUGCACGUCCGUGCCUCCCACAUCUUCUGGCCGCCCAAUCUGCAGAGGAUCUAGCCGUCCCUCCCUCCAGAGCAGAGACCCCUGCUGAACUGGCACGUGGACACAACAGAGGAGGAGGAAGACUGA